GGCAAAGUAUCCUGUUCCCUUGCAAGGCUCCUGCAUUUCUUGAGAUCAAUAGGUGUCUAAUACAGGACAUAGUAAGCUUAAUUUUUACCUGUGUGGAGCCAGUCUCUGAUCUGCAGAUUGUUUACCAUGGACGAAGCACAGUAUCUUGCUUCUGAAGAAAAUAUCCCAUUGGCACCACGAUCUUGGCUCUGGAAAAAGAAAAGAAAUUCUGUCUUUCCUGCAGCUGAAAGCCAAAGCAAAGCAGAAGUUUGGGUGCAAACAGUUAUACCUUCAAGUACUCAAGUAACUGAAGAUUCACUGAGGAGCGACGUGGAACCUAAAUCACAGGCAACCCUUACCUCAUCUGUUCCUCUACCAGGCAGCGUUACAGCCUACUUAGAUGAAAUGCAAGUUCAUCCUUCAAGUGCUAUUAGAAGUAUAACAAUUGAUGAAGAAAUUGGACAAGUUGGAAUUGGACAAAGAGAAUCUUGGCUGAACAAACUCCGAAUCAAUGGGAACAAGUUGGCAUUUUUGAAGUGCCUGAUUGGGUGGAAAGGAAGUAAAACAGCUGUAGAAGAAGUAGCUCCUGGAGUUUGCUCUCCUGACAAUCACAGGCCGCCUGAGCUGGAUGGAUGCAUGGCAAAAGAAGAGCAACCAUAUAUUCCAUACAAGUUAGCUAAAUUAUACAUUACCAAGAUUGUCAAAGAUAUGCAACAAAUGAAAAUCAGACACAUGAAGGUAAUCAAAGAGUUGGACUGCAUAAGAAAGGAUAACCAGGAGCAAGCCAUAACUGUUCUAAAGAGUCAGCACAGUGGAAAAAUGAAGAUCCUGAAAGCCCAGUUAGAAGCCUACCAAGAGCUGGUGAACAAGAAAAAUAGGCAAUGGCAAAAUACAGCUAAGAGUCUGAGGGAGAAAAAUGGGCAACUGAGCCAAGAAAACAAAGAUCUUCUUUAUCAAAUAAAGCAACAAAAUGAGAAAUGGGCGGAAGAAAAGACUUGGAUUCUAGAAAGUUUCACUCAAAAACUAGAUCAUCUGUAUACUCAGCACUUUUUGACACUGUGGGAACUUCAGAGGAUCAGACUGAAUAUGGAAAAAAUGGUAGAAAUAGUGAAUUUUCAGAUGGAUUUUCCUCAGCAAAAAGCCUUAGUUACAGCAGAAAAGGUAGUGGACCAGGUGGAGGAACAUGAACAUGUGCUGCAAAAAGAGCUUCUGUGGAAAGCACAGGCCACGCUGGAAGUGGCAAAGCAGUCCUUAUACAAACGAGAGAGAGAGGUGACUGAACUUUUACAAAGUGAGAGUGAACAUAAAACAAUGAAGCCUCAAAUCACAGUUACAACAUUAAUGAAAACUCUUGUGAGCAAGGUUCACACUUUAUAUUGUGAUGUACCUGAGGCACAACAAUACAUCAAUCGGCUUAUUGACAAGAAUGAUGCUGAAAGGGAUAAUCGAAAAGAAGAAUUUAAUAAUGUGCAGGCUGACAUCCUAUCCUAUGAAGUUAUUUAUGGAAAUAAACCUACAGAUUACAAAAGGGAACAGUUUUCAGUAAAGCUUUCAAGAAAUCUUGCAAAUGCAAAGUCUGAAUUGGAACAUGCUGAAACAGAGAAGAUUGCAUUGGAUUGUAUCCAGAAGGGGGAAAUCCCAGACUGGAUUAGUAAACAUUGUCCAUAUUUAACCUUGUCAGAUUCCGACCAAAAAAAGUGUGAUGGUGAGAAAAGCCAACUUCCAGAUGAAGCUGUGCAAAUACUCAAAAGAAAAUUCCAGGAUGCUGAUGGGACAGAGGAGCAGCAAGGGAUCCACCAGCCUUGGACAGAGGCCCCUGUUACAAAUGUGAAGGUGUCAUAUGGAAAGUGUGGAGUAAAAGAGCACUCUGUGAAAGAACCCUGGAGUGAAAACUGAUUGCAGAAUAAGCAAAACUUUCCAAAGCACUUAAAUGACACAGAAGCUUAAGUCCCACUGGCUUUCAAUGGGACUUGUUUCCUCAGUCACUUUGGUGUUUCUAGAAAUGUGACCCCUAGUUUAGAAGUGUUUCAAUAUUUUUUAAAAUCCAGUCUGAACCUACAAUGGGAUUACAUGGGUGUGACCCCCUUAUGGCCACCCACAAUCCCACUAAUUUAACAGGAUUUUUGCGUGACUAAAGAGAUGCAUCCACACUGUUCCUAAGGUAUAUAAGGGCCCAACUUUGAUUAACAGGAAUAGAACUGAUCAGAAAUUUAUUUUUGCAAACACACUUGUGAAUGAGUGUUUUUUUUUUUUUAAUCAUCAAUGUUCAUUCUUCAGCAAAAUUUUGAUAGAAACUUUCCCACCAUGACUAAAGCUAAAAAACUAGAGAUAAUGUUUGCAUUUUGUUUGUUUGUUUGUAAAGAAACUGUACCUUCAAACAUUUCCAGCCAGCUCAAAACAGGAAAAUAGAGAGUUUAACAAAUGGUUCAUCAUUGAUUCUGUUUGUUAGUAAAAGAAACCCACUGUUCUGGCUGCAUCCCAGUUUGUUGGUUUUUGUACAUACAUAUUUAUAUUUAGAAAAGCUUGUCUAAAUAAUAGUAUUUCCAUGAGAGUUCAAAUUCAUGUUAGUGUUGGCUCCUUUUUUGUGUUUGUAUGUGACUGAAUGCUGCAUGACUGAGAAAUAAAGCCAAGCAUAGUAGAUAGCCAUCCAGUACUAACAUGCAUGCAUGUAUUUCUCCAUUCUGUUUUCCCCCUUGCCUGUAAUCCUUUAAUACAAUAAAGGAAGAAAAUCUUGAUUCAGCAUUGUAACUGAGUCUGU